AUGAUCCGCGACCCACACUUCUGGAAGCGCUUCAGCGUCGCCGUCCACAAGGACGAUCUAGCAAAAGAGGAACUAGCAAAGCAAGACGGAAAGAAUGCGUACGUCAUAACCAGCACCCUCCCCUUUUGCGAGCCCACACCACUUGGAACUCCCAUUGCACAAACACCCAUGGCAACGAGCCAUUUACCACAAUCACAAUCACCACAAAUGUCUCAAACAACGCGCUUGCGGCCCAUCUCCCCCAUCCGACCCUUCUCACUCGUCUUUUCCUCCGACCCAAUUACCACCACUACCACAUCCACGCAAGAAAAAGCGCCACCCUCCACCCCCUCCUCCAAGCAACAAAAGCGCCGCUCAAAACUCCACAAAUCCCCCUCUACCAAGCCCCUUCUCCGCCCCGAAAUCUUCGCCCCCAUCCCCCCACCCACCCGCACAAUCUCCAUAAAAACAGAACACACAGCAAUCACCUCCCGCCCGGGGACGCAGCGUUCAAACGCUACUCCCAGCAUAGCCCCUGCCCCCUUCUCUUCCCGCCCCGGUACCCGGCGCUCCAACCUCGCCCCCAGCAUCCGCACCACACAACAAUAUACCACAUCCCCUCCAAUCUCCCCCGCUCGUUCCUUCUUCCGCACAGGCAAUAUAUCAGCACUUUCGCUGAGCCUGAGUGGAAGACCAAACUCGCGGUUUAAUUUCGUAACGACCAUUUCGGCUGAUGUUGAGAAUAGCGAUACCUGGCUGGCUAGGCAGAAGAAGAAGGAGAGGCAUAGGGCGUGGUUGUGUUGGGCGUUUUGGGGGGUCCUGGCACUUUUGAUCGUGUCGGCUGUGGUCACGGUGGUGGUGUUGAAGGCGCAUGGGAUUGUGAAGUUCUGA